ACAAACGACUCCUUUACACGCAUGCAAUCAGGAUGAGCGUUAAUGACUCAAGUAAGCUUUUUCUUGAGCCUCUGGAUUCUGAAGUACUGACCCGGACCCCAUGGAGCUGCUGUCCAUCGGUGAACGAAACAGCUGAUGCGGCGGUGUGCAUGAAAAGCCGCUUCGAGAGGACAGGAUCUUUAAACCAGUGGAGGAGGAAGCAGCCCAAGCGGAAGGCGAAAGCUGAAGCAGCAAAGAAGAUAAGGCAUUUGAUGAGGACCCCAAGUCCUUUUCCAGCUGUCGCCCGGAACUUGAGGGUGCAGCUCCACAGGUGUGCUAAGGAUAUAGCUAUGAUCAAAAUGAAACCUCAGAGGCGGUUUCGCAAGCAGGGAGUCGUCAAGGAUAAUAUUAUCGACCACCUUCCUCCACAUGAAGCAAGGAAAUUGCUGAGAGACGCCAAAUACGUAGGCGAAGGAGCCUUUGGAAAAGUCUAUAAAGUCAGGUAUAAAGGCCAAACCGCCGCCUUCAAAGUAGGUAGAAUGUUUGGCGCGAAUGAACGAUUCGAAAACGAAGCGAAGAUACUCAUGGAGCUCAACGGGGCCGGAGGUGCUCCUGCACCACUGGCGAUCACCAGGAAUCCGCCUGGUAUUAUCAUGGAGUUCUGCUCAGGUGUAACUUACCUAAAAAUCCUUGCGAGUCCUGACAUCAACACAUACAAUAAACUGAGGGUUCUGCCAGUGGCUGCCAAGAUGUUGCACGAAAUUCACUUGAAGGGCAUCGUACACAACGACGUUAAGGAUGACAACAUCAUGGUAGAACUUCGAGGAGAGGACCAAACUCCUAGAGUGAGGAUCAUUGACUUUGGAAUUUCCUGCAAUAUGACCGACUGCUUUGGUAACCGGCACUCUCCCGCUAGUGAUGUGAGACUAUUUGGUUUUAUGAUCUGCAGCUUGAACAUAGGUUUAAGAAUUGACAUACCGGAUGAAUUCGUCAGAAUUGGCGAGGCAGCGCGUAGAGUAAAGGGAAGGGCAAAUAUGCUCAAGAUAAUCCGUGACCUUGAGUGGGCACUAUUCCUUCUGAAAAGGAGAGAUGAUCUUCAUACAUAAAUGUGCUGGCAUAUGUGUUGUUACCUUUAGUUGUUUUCCUAUUUCAAAGUAUUUUAAGUUUGUUUGUUCCAAUGCUUCUCUUAAGUUCUUUUUUUUUCCAAGUACUUUAUAUUAGAGCUUGUUGUAACGUUGAGAAUAUUCAUUUAGUAACUGUGAUUACGGAUUUUGGAUUGCCCUUUCUCAGUACCCAAGGAAACUUUCUUAUUCUUGUACUAGAGGGCAUCAUUGUCUUGUUUAGGAUAUUAAUGUUUCACAAACCAAAAUUGAUUAAAUUUACAUGUCAAAGAAGGAGUUUUAUUUUUAAUAACAAAAAAUAAAGAGUAUAUCUUAAGA